AUGCCAGCAGCUUUCAAGACUUAAACCUCCUCUUUCCCCAACUCCCCACCUCUUUCUCUCUUUCUUUUGCUCUGAGAAUUCUUCAAAAUUCCCUUUCUUUUUUCCUUUCUUCCUCUUCUGAUCUUUGCACUUGAUGAUGAACAAUGGAAGAAGUAGGUUGCCAUUCACUGCAACUCAGUGGCAAGAGCUUGAACACCAAGCUCUUAUUUACAAAUACAUGGUCUCAGGCAUGCCUGUCCCUCCUGAUCUUCUCUAUUCUAUCAGAAGAAGCCUGGAUUCUUCCCUCUCCUCCAAGCUCCUCCUCCAUCAACCUCCUCAACACAUGGGGUGGAGCUGUUUCCAGAUGGGGUUUGGGAAGAAGAUAGACCCAGAGCCAGGGAGGUGUAGGAGAACAGAUGGGAAGAAAUGGAGGUGCUCAAAAGAGGCCUACCCAGAUUCCAAGUACUGUGAGAGACACAUGCAUAGGGGCAGAAACCGUUCAAGAAAGCCUGUGGAAGUCAUCAACACUGUAGUAACACCAACCUCCUCAUCAGCAGCAGCAGCACCCUCAACCCCACCACCCCCUACAGCUAUACCCUUCUCCUCAAUCAACAAAAACACCCCUACCCCCCCUUCUUUGCUCUAUCCCCAUUCAACCCCUUCAAGAUCUCAUCAGGGCAUUGCCCUUUCUUCUCAGGAUCACACCACCAAUUUCCUCCUUGAUUCUCUUGCUUAUUCUAGAAAUAAUGGGUAUGGGCAUGGAAUGAAGGAUGAAGUGGAUGAGCAUGUGUUUUUCUCAUCAGAGGGUUCUGGGAGUAUAAGAAGUAGUAUAUCUGGUUCAAAUAAUUUAGCAGAUGAUAGUGCUUGGCAGCUGGCUCCACUGACAAUGGCUUCACCACCCUUAGGGCAGUUGAAACAGAGGGAUUAUUGUGGUCCUCAGAAUGGGUACUCAGCUUCUUAUUUGCACCUUCAUGAAGCCUCAAGACAGCAAAGACAAGGAGGAGGAGGAGGAGAAGAAGAUGAAGAAGGAGAAGAGUAUUAUGGCCUGGGGGGAAGUGGUGGCAGCAAGACAGUAGGUGUGGGCAUGAUGAACCCAGAAGAUCAGCAGCCCAAGAAAGUGAUGCACCAUUUCUUUGAUGAGUGGCCUAAAGAAAACAAAGAUUCAUGGCUUGAUUCUGGGGAUGGGGAUAAAUACUCAGCACCCCGUGGGCCCCACCUCUCAAUUUCUGUCCCCAAUUCAUCUCAUGACUUCUUCAUCACCCACAAUGGUGAAAAAUGAGAGAGGUUUGAAUAGUGGCAUUCUGAAUCAAAGGCCAAAAGAGUACUUAAAAUUGUGGUGGGACAGUGGUUUUACUGAUCAAGCUUUUCAGUAUACAUGUGUAAUGUGGUUUCUGAGACACAACUGUUAUUUCUCUUGCUUUUGUAAUAUACACUACUUAUAUUACAAGUUUGUAUGUCUGGUUGGCUGGCUACUUAUCAGUAGUUUCACAUGUAUUUUGCCUUUCCCCUUC